AUGGAUAAUCCUAGUGGUGAAGACCAGGGCUCGCUCCUGUUGCGUACCAAAUCGUCAACAUCCAGCCGGUCUACGACUUCUUCGAACUAUGAUAGAUAUUUGCAGCUUGCAACUGAAAAGAAUCCGGUUAUGCUACUGGAAUUGGACCAAGAUGGCACAAUACGGUACCUCUCUGAGCUUUGGGACAAGAUUGUGGGUCCAAGAAGCACCUCGCAGAUUUCUGAGCUGAUCGUAGGUUCGGAGCAAGAUAAACAUGUGUUCCAUAGAGCCAUGGAGAUGAUGCUGUCUAAUGAGAACGUGAGCUAUACGGUGACUUUCAAUGUGCUCACCAGUGACAAGAAUGAGGAUAAAGACGCGGAUUAUGAACUAGAUACUACUAACGAGAACGAUGACAAUAACGAUAAUGGGCGAACGGACGUCGCCAUCGAGGAAGAUAAUAUUAUGACUUUGGAAGCUUGCGGGAUCCUGCUUCGCGACAAUUCAACACAACUUUUUACGCAUUCCAUGUGGACGGUCAAACCGUUCCAGCCGUUCCUGGUAGAGAACGAGCUGGAAGUGACGUUGCCGCCGGACCUGAUCAAAAGGCUAGGGUUUGGUGCCACUAUCUUUGCAGAGUAUUUGAAAGCCAUAGAGUUCGAUCAAAUAUUAUACGAGACAAAUCUGCCUUCGCCAAAGAUGGAGCUUUGCAGAGUUUGUGAGACCUUUGUGCCGGCGUGGUGGUUGGAAGCUCAUUCCCGUAACUGCAUCUGCGAACACAGAAUUGAUUCCUUUCUGCACCUAUUACAUGACAAUUUGGUUGAGCAGCUAGCUCUGCUUCAGAGCGAAUCGCUUACCGAGUACAAGAGUUUGCCAAUAAAUAUGCGAUCACGCACUACCGAGAGGAUCGUGGCACAACUCCAGGAACUCUGUGAGAUUGCCAUUGACAUAAAUCAAAGCGAAAUGCGUGUUCAUCAAAAUGAAGACAUCUCCACGGAAGCCUUACUAGCUAAUCCAAUGAACUUGACCCAAAGCACCUCUAUGGGAGCUUACGAUUUUUCACCAAAUUCUAAAUGGAAUAUAGAAAAUGUUCAAAAUUGGCAAUUGUCUAUGAAAGAAGAAUUAAGCCAGGACGAAGGACUAAAUUUAUUGGUCUCAGAUACCGUUGACCUCGCCAAGAAAAAGGUCGACGCUAUUUUGAGACUGGAUAAUGCGAUGACGUACUCUCUAAGAAUAAAAAAUGAAGUCAAUAAUUGGGUUUUACAACUCAUUCUGCUCCAAAUUGAGAAUAACAGGAUGAACGCUGGUCUUUAUACUGAUUAUGACGGAAAAGAACUCGGUAUCAUUAGUGAGGAGAAUUCUGGUGGUCAUAAGAACUCAGUACUUGAUGAUGAAAAAUUACCAUCUGCUUCAUCUUGUGCAAUCAGUGACACUGUGAUCGAACAAUCGUCAUCGGCGAGGACGGCAGAACCAGCUCUUAGUGCAAUUUCAAAUGUCAAAAUUGCCUCUCCGCAACCACAUCGUGUCCAACAAAGUGAGAUCUUUGCUCCUUCAUAUCUGGUGAAUGAUCAGAUUGCAGAAACAAGCUCCAAGGAUACAACAAUCCGACACACCCAAAGACAAGGACGAAGAAAUGGGGAACAUGACUUAGGUACAGGUCAUAGCGGUUCGCUUUCUAGAUCUUUAACACCAAAGCAAAGGAUUGAAAGUCAUCCCUCUCAGUCCCCAAGCGGAUAUUAUAGCCUGGAGUCCAAGAAAGACGAACAGGUCGAUGGCGAGAUUGUUGAGAAUUCAGAAUCCAGUCAAAGCUCUCUUCCGGCACUUAUUUCCAACAGACAGCACACUACUGGCUCUUCAAUAGUGCCGAAGUUAAAAUCGACGAUCUCUCUUACUCCUGGGAGAAACUCACCUCUGCCUCACUCGUUAACUGCUGCUCAAAUGUCCCGAAAGAGUAGCAGCACCAAGCUUAACCAAGAAAGAUCACCCAUUGUGUCACCAUUUGCUUCAGCCAAAGAUUAUUUAACUCCCGAGCAGCAUCCUAACUUGUUGAGCAUACCCAAGCAGCCACUUUCUCCAUUGCUACUUGCUACCAACCAAUUAAAAAACUCUACCCCCAGUAUAAGAGAUUACGAUAUUCUCAAACCAAUAAGCAAAGGCGCUUAUGGUAGUGUCUAUCUCUCUCGCAAGAAACUUACCGGUGAGUACUUUGCAAUCAAAGUACUGAAAAAGUCGGAUAUGAUUGCAAAGAAUCAAAUUACGAAUGUUAAAUCUGAGCGAGCAAUUAUGAUGGUCCAAAGCGAUAAACCGUACGUUGCUCGGCUUUUUGCAUCCUUCCAAAACAAAGAUAACCUUUUCCUGGUAAUGGAAUAUCUGCCUGGCGGUGAUCUUGCUGCACUUAUUAAAAUGAUGGGAAGCUUACCUAGCGAAUGGACUAAGCAAUACAUUAGCGAAGUAAUUGUUGGAGUUGAGGACAUGCAUCAGCUUGGAAUCAUUCAUCAUGAUUUGAAGCCGGACAAUUUAUUAAUCGACAGUAACGGACAUGUUAAGCUGACUGAUUUCGGUCUGUCCAGAGCCGGUCUGGUUCGCAGGCAUCAACACAAUCCACCUUCGACCCGAUUGAGUCUUUCAUCCAGUUAUGGCAUCUCUGGAAGCCCUAUUGAGUCCAAAAAUGUCACCGGUCACAAUCGAAAGAGAAGUAGCACAUCCACAAAUUGCAGCAAUCACAGCGGUAGCAAAGUGCCACCACGCAGUAGACAGAAUUCCAUCAAGCAGGAGAAUAUAGAAGCGCAUUGCUCGCCUCAUAUUCUGAAAGAAGGCUCUUAUGAGAAGCCUCCUAUCGAUUCACCCGCCAACUUUCACCUUAGCAACGAAAUAUCUGCUUUACAUCGCAGUGAUUCUCAGAUGUCGUUUUCUUUCAUGAACCCGUCACGAUCCACCACACCAACCCCGCCACUGGUUGGUUCUUUUCAGGGUCGAAGUGGCUCGACAGAUAUGCCUGUUGAUCUAAGCACACCGAGCGAUUUGGCUUUAUUCAAUCCAGACGAUUCCAGGCAAGAAAUGAAUUUUUUUGGAACACCAGACUACCUUGCUCCUGAGACCAUCGAAGGUACAGGCGAGGAUGAUACCUGCGAUUGGUGGUCUGUUGGAUGUAUAUUAUUCGAGCUGAUUUUCGGAUAUCCUCCAUUUCAUGCUAGUUCGCCAGAGAAGGUGUUUACCAAUAUUUUAUCUGGGGUCAUCGAGUGGCCGGACUUCUCGUCCCCUGAGGAUAAAUUAGCUUUUGAGUCUUCACACGCCAAGGACUUGAUAGAGAGGCUAUUAGUUGUAGACCCUUCAAAAAGACUUGGCUUCAACGGUGCCCAGGAGAUAAAGGAUCAUCCUUAUUUCAAGGACGUGGACUGGGAGAACGUUUAUGAAGAAGAAGCGUCAUUUGUCCCCGCCGUUGAACAUCCAGAGGAUACCGACUACUUCGAUUUAAGAGGGGCCAUUCUAGAGGACUUUGGUGAUGAAGAUGAUGUACCUAGUGCUCCUUUGCCUAGUGCUGACGCACCGACUGGUUUCGGCCAACUUUUAUAUGCAGAUGAAAACAUCAAAAAAACGCCCUCUACUGCUUCCAGCAACAACCCUGUGAGUAUUGUCAACACACCUGUCAACAAACUAAGCAUUUCUUCUGUGCUAGAAUCAGUUUCCCCCGAAAAUAGCAGCCGUUCAUCCUUGCCAGUUAAGCACAUGCCUCUGGCGAUUCCUCCUCAUAUGCGCGAUCGCAGGAUAAGUAAGCUUAAUGAUUCUCAGACGGAAUUUGGGUCAUUUUAUUUUAGAAAUCUGUCUGCCUUGGACAAAGCCAACAAAGAUGCUAUUAACAGGUUGAAAAGUAAGCACAUGACAGACAGCGUUGGGGUCCAUCGUCGGGCCUCAUCUGUAUCGUAUAUCAGCUCAUCGUCUGAUAGUUCAAACUGCAAAACCAGAACCGGUAAAGUCUCAGCUACGGGUUCACCCGUUUGCGGUAAGCCUACUAGCACCUCAGACUCUCCCUACUUCGGAUCUUCCUCUCCAGAUCUUAGUAUCAGCAUCGAAACGGCCGGAUUGUCGAGGAAAGGCAGCGGUGACAACAAUGUACAAACUCCAGCUAGCAGCUAUUUCAUGCCGUGGAACGACGAGUCACCGUCGAGCACCAAGAUCCGAUCACCGCUUUCGCCCUCCAAUGUCACGUCGCCUACUUCUCCUACGUUUGCUCCAGCAGCCUCAUCAAACUCCGUACGCACGAGGUUGACGACAAAAUGUUCUUCUCAAAGAACCAGCUCUGGCGACAUAUCUGCUGAAGAGAACGAUCGUCUAGCAGCCAUACUGAAGGUCAACUCGCUACGUUACAGAAGGCGUAGUGGUCGUAAGAGCUCUGCCAGCAGCGACUUAAAUUAUCGUAUGGACGUUUUAGUAUGCGAGCCAAUUCCGAUCCAUAGGUACCGUGUUACAAAGGAUUUAGAAUCAUUGGGGUGCACCGUAGUCAGCGUCGGUGCCGGCGACGAGCUAGUCAGCAGAGCGACCAGUGGUAUUAAAUUUGAUCUCAUAAUAACUGCUCUAAAACUGCCUAAGCUCGGUGCUGUGGACAUAGUGAAACUACUCAAGCAAACGAACGGCAUUAAUGCGACCACCCCAGUGGUCGCUGUGACCAAUUACUAUCAAGAAGCUGUGAACGGUAACGUCUUCGAUGACGUCCUCGAGAAACCUGUCAAUUAUGAUCAAUUGCGCAAAGUCGCCGCCAAGUACGCCCUCGAAAAGGUCGAGAAACAAGAAGACACUAUCGUGAGUGACAGCGAAUUCAGCCAGUGA